AUGGGAGAGGAGAACCCCUGCGACGCCGGUCUCGACCUCGGGCUGGGUCUCCACGGAUGGACACCGACGCCGUCCGCCGCCCGGUGGCGGAGAAAGGACCUGUCCCGAUGCACCGAAGCGGAACCGCCGGCGACCUAUGCGACAUCGGCGGCGGCGGAGCCGUCGCUCACGUUGACGCUGUCGGAGGAUGCUUGCCGCCAGUCAACCGCUGGCGGGGAGGAGAAGGAGGCGCUCCGGCAGUCUUCGCCCACCUCCUGGAGCAGCAAGAGGGAGAAGGAGGGGGGGAGCGAGGAGGAAGAGGAGGGGAACGGCAAGAAGAAGCUGAGACUCAACAAGGAACAAUCGGCCCUCUUAGAGGCGAUGUUCAAGGAGCAUAACACCCUCAACCCGGUAGGAAGUCCCCUCCUUUUGGAAUCGAAGAUUCUCUUUGAUGGGAAAAAAGUUCUCAAACCUUAGAUUUUUUGUCUCCAUUUUCGUUCUCCAGACCCAGAAGCAGACGCUGGCGAGCAAACUGAAUCUGCGGCCGAGGCAGGUCGAAGUAUGGUUUCAGAACAGGAGAGCGAGGUCUGGUCUUUGUCUUGACCACUGAUUUCUUAACGAAGGCUCCGAAAUCGGGAACUAAAUCGAUUUGUGACGUUGAUCUGCGUCCUGAUCAAGUUUGCUCAUCUCUGCAGGACCAAGCUGAAGCAGACGGAGGUGGACUGCGAACACCUGAGGAAGUACUGCGAGAGGCUGGCCGACGAAAACAGGAGACUGCAGAAGGAGCUGCAUCAGCUCAGGGCGCUCAAGAGCUACGUGAAGCUACCGGCGGCGACCACCCUCACAAUGUGUCCGUCGUGCGAAAGGAAGGGCAGCGGCGAGAUGGCGAAGGGAGGCGGCGGCGCCGCCUUCGUGGUGCGGCCGAAGCCCCACUUCUGCAGUCCCUUCGCCACCGCCCAUCCCCCAUCUGCAGCGUGCUGA